AUGCGGUUACAUAUGAAGACUAGUAAAGUUCAGGCUUCUACAUUAAUGUCGGCUAUUGGACCGGCGGCAGCAUUGAUCUACAAUACAUUUGAUUUAUCAGAGGUUUGCAAUAAGAAAGGACAUUACUCUCGGCAAUGUAAAAAUAAAGUGAAGCAGAAAACGAAAACUUAUAAGAAAGCCGUAUACGAAACUCUAGAAGUUUAUGAACAUAAUAGUGUUGAUAAAUCAAACAACUACUCGUAUGACACCGUUUAUGUUAACAGAGUAUCGGCAAAUGAACAGAGAGCUUGGUUUACAAUGCUAACAUUUAAAAACGGAUUAGCCGGAUUAGCCGUAAAUUUUAAAUACUGGUGUCGAAGCUGUAUCCUGGGUUGCUCCAAAUGUGAAAAGUUCGGUCUAGUGAUGCUAAAUAAAGAAUGCGUCGAAGUUAACGAAAUAGGAAUUAGUUUUCCACAGUUUCAGGGUAUAGUAUUUUGUCAUUCUAUUCUAUUCUGGAAUAAUUCGGAAUAUUUCUAUCUGGUUUUCGCCAGUAUCAUAUUUCGGGUUCAAGAACAUCCGGAAUUUCCCCAGUUUAUUCAAUGUGUCAGCUUUAAUUUUUUUCCUACCGAGUGGCACCAAACAGCUUAUAAUCUUUUCUGUCUCCUAGCUCUUUACGGUGUUCCUCUGUUUAUCAUCAUUUAUUGCUAUUCCAGAAUAUUAUGGGAGAUUUCCAGGAGAUCCAGAGAUACUGAAGAAGAUUUAUCCGAGGAACAUCACAGAAGAGACAGAUUAAGAUUGAGAAGAUCUGACAUGACUCAUAUCGAAAGAGCGAGAGCUAGAACAUUACGAAUGACAAUAAUCAUUGUUUUAGCGUUUUUCUGGUGCUGGACCCCUUAUGUUGUAAUGGUGUUAUGGUAUAUGUUCGAUCCGAACGGAGCUCAAGAAGUUGACUCUCAGUUGCAAUCUGCAUUGUUCAUGUUCGCCGUCUCUAAUUCUUGCGUAAAUCCAUUAGUAUACGGUAGUUACGCUAUAAAUCUGAAGCAAUUAUUCAGGCGUUGUUAUAACAGAACAAGAUCAUCUAUGGGGUUCUCCAGACAGACUGUCGUUUCUACAACGAUCAAAACCACUCACACAGAAAAAGAUGUCAGAUUAACUACGACAUCAGCUAGAGGAUUACCUGUUACGCUUAAAUUACAGGGUUCAGAGACAAUUCCUACACUUUUAGAAGAGACUUGUACACCUUGCGAAAGACAGCGUGGAAGCUUUCGCAGUGGUAGAUUGGGUUGUUCUUAUUCUAACCAUAUUUCCUAUCCAAAGUAUCCCGCCUAAUGGUUUUUAUAACUGAAUUUCAUGUAUAAAUAAAUAAAUAUAUACAUAUAUAUUCUUUAUACACGUGUAAAAGUUGUGAUUUGGUCAACGUUAAAUGGAAUUUACAUUGAAAGAGAUCGAAAUAAGCAUUGCUCAAGAACGAGUUUUAUUUUAUAAAAAAAUACUUUUCUGUCAAUGUAUCUUAAACGUUAACAGAAAAUAUGAAAUGAUUGUAUUGAUGAUUAAAGUACUUCAACGCUAUAUUAGAAGUAAUAAGAGAAAUAUUUGCAGUUCAAAUGCAACCGAAUAUGUUAUAGUGAAAUUUCAGAACACGUUGAAGAUAUUUCCUUAAAGUAAAAUAGUAUCAAAAUACAUCACUACGGCAGUUUUAAAACUGUUUUAUUUUUAAAAGAUACAAACAAUUUAGCGAUGCUGCUAAAUGUGGUCUCCAUUCUGAAGGCAAUGAGUAGUUUUUUAAAGGCCACUGUAAUUAAAAGGCCACUGUAAUUAAAGUGGCUCUCUCUUUCAAAGCUACCAAAUUUACAUCAUGUUCUUGAUAAUUCACAACCAAAAACAAUUCGAUUUAAGAUCAUUAAAGUGUCAUAACAACGAGUUUUUGUUCUUUGUUUCUUUCCUUUUCUUUUUUGGAAAUGUCUUCAUCAUAUCCUGAAAUGUCAAAGAACCAGAUAUGGUUGCAUUUGGACUGCUAAAUAUCCCUCUUGACAGUAUUGAAUAGAAUUACCAGUAUAAUAAAUGUAAUUAAAAUAAAUGUAUAACUUCAAAGGUUUAAAUAAUUUAUUACGGAAGUAUUGUAUAUGAAAUAAUUUUCUGAAUAUUAUAAAUGUGUUUAAUUUUAUGUAAAUU